AUGCCAUGUGAAUGUGCGAGCGAAGAGAAACGCCCGCAGCUCUCCGCUCGCUCACAUGACAUGAUCAACUUCAUCAACACGGCCAAGACCACGUGGACAGCGGGUGUCAACUUCCAGGACGUGAAGUACGAACAUCUGAAGUCUCUCUGUUUCUUUUCGGUGAUGGUGGUGAAGGGGACUGGAUUGGUGAAACACGCCACCAACAUGAAGCUUCCUGCCAGCUUCGACCCGAGGACGGAGUGGCCUUACUGUAAGACUAUCAGUCAGAUCCGGGAUCAGGGCUCCUGCGGCUCCUGCUGGGCGUUCGGCGCGGUCGAGGCCAUCUCUGAUCGUAUCUGCAUCCACAGCAAAGGGAACGUGUCUGUGGAGAUCUCAGCUGAAGACCUGCUGUCCUGCUGCGAGGAGUGCGGCUUCGGGUGUUCCGGAGGUUAUCCAUCAGAAGCUUGGGAUUACUGGACUAAAUCUGGGCUGGUGACCGGAGGACUUUAUGGCUCUAACGUGGGUUGCAGACCUAGUUGCAGACAGUUUGCUGUCCCGUCCAUUUUUGCAUCCUGUGAUGAUCGGGAGUGGACGGGGUGGUCAGCCUUUGUGCAUGAGGUGGACGGGACGCGGCCGCCGUGCUCCGGUGAGCAGGACACGCCUCAUUACAGGCAGCUGAGUUUGAUCAAGAGUGGAGCUAAACUCUACAGGACAGUGGACCUCAGACCCCUGCCCAACUCACGUUUCGUGUCUCUUCCGCCUCCUGCAGGCUAUAAAGCGUAUAACCUUCCCUCGGACCAGCAGCAGAUCAUGACUGAGCUUCACAGCGGGGGGCCGGUGGAGGCGGCCUUCACUGUCUAUGAGGACUUCCUGCUCUACAAGAGCGGUGUUUACCAGCACGUGACCGGCUCUGAACUGGGCGGACAUGCUGUCAAAGUCCUGGGAUGGGGAGAAGAGAACGGGACGCCGUACUGGCUGGUCGCAAACUCCUGGAACUUGAAGCUGGGCCUGCAGUCAGUGCACAUCUCUGUGUCUGCAGGUUAUUUUAAGAUCGUGAGAGGCCGGGAUGAAUGUGGGAUCGAGAGUGAGAUGGUGGCUGGUGUUCCUCAGCUCUGAACAGAUGCACAUCACGACUGACUGCGGGAUGCAAACCAUAAACAGAAAUAAAACUCUAUCUGCAUGUGUCUCAUUGUUGUGGUUGAUGCAUUCUAAAAUAAUAUGCAACAAAUCAUUCAAAGCAAAACUCUCAUUGUGGUAAUGUGAAAAAUAAAGAUUUGUCAUUUACAUUUUA